AUGGGAUGUAACCAUCCAUUGGGGGAGCGUCUUCAAGGGAUGAUUCCAGCUGAAUUGAAUUCGAAGAACAAGAAACAAAAAGCACUCGAGCGACGGCAGCUACGAAAGGAACCCACAACCGGGAAUUCAUCAGAGUACCGCAAAAUCCGCAAAAUCCGCAAGAAAGCUGAAAUUACAGAUACCGAUGCAGCGGAAAGAUAUCUCGGGACGUUUUAUUCGGUUGAGACAACCAUCACAACCAUGACAACCUUAGCUACUAUACAAUUUUAUGCACAGUGGAUGAAUAAACUGGUUUUCCAAGUCGUGGUGAAAGCGCCCAAGGAGAAUAGAGUAGAUCAGUAG